AUGACUUCCCAUCACUCUAACUUUGGCCUGAGCUCACUACCGGCUGGCCGGACGGGCCAUGCAUGUGUACAAUGCAGACAUAGGAAGCAGAAGUGCGGAGGUUUCACGUACGGAAUCAAGUGCCGCCCGUGCGCCACCCGCAAGGUCAAAUGCAGUUUUCAGGAGGAGGUCAAGGAUCCGCGCUACAACCCCUACCUGCUCAUCGGAUCCUCAAGAUCCUCCUCAAUUGGUGUUGAUAGUGGGCCAACGGAUAGCAUUCCAAUUUCUUCUACCUCAGCCUCUUUAUUCCCCACUUUGCCAGCAUUCGAUGCCGGAGAUGUACACUCUCCGGUAUGGGCAGUCCCGGUAGAGGGACCAGAGGUGCCUGCAACAAAUGACGAGCUGCCAAAGCAGCUUGAACUACUGACAUCAAGAAUCACCAAAUUAGAGAGACAGUUUGUUACUUCUCAAAGAGAUUCCACCGAUUUCCUUAAUCUCUUCUUCAGUCUUGGCGCAUUCUCCAACUCUGAAACACCCAGCUUAUCCAGCCCUCAAGGAGCCGUUAACACAGAAGGCCCACUGAAAGCACUGAACAGCUUUCAGACAGACGACCCAGUCGAAUUUGAAAUGCACGAUCCUGUCGCUCGCUCUAUAUUGAGCAAAGGGGAGGGUUGUGUCGUUUUUAGGCUAUAUUUCACCCACUGCCACCCGAUCGCCCCUUUCCUCGAUGUGGGCCGUGACAUGGACAUCGAUCGAGUCCGCUCAAGCAGCAUUCUACUAUUUCUUUCCAUUCUCUGCGUCGGUGCCCGUUUCUGGAGUGCUUCAUCAAAAACAUUAUGCUGGCUUCACCCUCGAUAUACUGAGCUUGUCCGCUUACUGGACGCUGAGAUUAUGCGAAUCACCCUACGACCUAGGCACGAUGAUCAAAAAGUGGAAACAGUACAAGCACUCAUGCUAUGUGCUCACUGGAUGCCUUUCGAUGUGUCAGCCGACAAGGAACGAUAUCUAUCUCGUUUCUCCGAGGGAGGUGCAUGGCAAUGCCUUGGCUUAGCAAUUCGCUGGGCAACGUCUCUCGCCUUAGAAAGGACCAGCCACAUAAGUUUCCAGCGUCCUGGGACAGCAACGGAAGAAGACGCGCGGAGAUUUCGCACCAUGCUGUAUCUCGUAGAGAGUGACCACUACCUUGCACUAUCAGCCCGACGCCCAUCCUACCUCAACCCAGAACCCUUUCACAACGUUCUCGCCAACUUCCUCGGAUGCAAGUACGCUCAGCCCACAGACAUCCGUCUAACAUCCCUAUUCCGAGUAGCAUACGGCGCACACUUCACAGGUUGCCGUCCAACAACUAUAGAAAGCGUUGAAGCAUUCGACGCUGACGUGCAAAUCAUUGAACGACACUUCUUAUCUAGUGUGGGUGACGGUUCAACAGAUUCUUUCAGUCUGCACUUCCCAUUUACCUCGCUGCGCUGGUAUCGAUUGUCGUACACGUGUGCGUUCCUUGACGCGACGGAUCCGACUCAACGGACAGGCAAAGCGUUAACCUGGGCCAUUGAAUUGGCGAGUCAGAUUCUCAUUCAUCUGUCAUGUCCAGUGUUAUCUACGAGGGUAAAUUAUACUGUCAUUCCGGCUCAGCUGGAGCCCGAUCCUAGUGUGGUGAAGAUUAUGUCUUGUGCGAUCGACCAUUAUAUCGUUGUUGUUGCUUAUGCUGCUUUUUUUCUCGUGAAUAGCUGGUUGAGUAACUUGGUUGAUUUGAAUCUCCGCCCGCACUCGCAGGAACGAGAUGAAGCUGUCGAUGAUGAUACCUCCAGAUCUCUCCUCUUCCGUCUAGUAGACGUCGCCGCUCGUACUCUUGAAGCGGCGAGUCCUUCAGAAGGACACCUUGCACGCCGUUAUGUUCCACUUCUGCGAGGGAUGACGGGAUUACUUCUGUCUGGUAACACUCAGGCACAGAAAAUGAGCAGCAAUUCAAGCAAUAUGAUGAUGAACGCUAGCAACUUGCCCCAGGAGCAGAUGCAGAACCAAUUGGGCGGGGACUUGUGGGAUAUGUGGCAGCAGGCUGGACUGGGACCGAUGAUUUGGCCGAAUUUGGCGGACGAUUUGUACGAGGGGUAA